UUUGUUCCUGUAUUUAAUUAAAAAUGCAAUAAAUACAUAUUUUUUUUGGAAAUUGCAAACAUGCUGCAUGUUUUAUGAGGCGUAAUAUGUGCGAAAGGUAUGUGAAGGAAAUUUUAGAAAAGCUGGAAGAAAUUGAGAAAUUGCACGGGAAGUUGCGUCGUUUGGUACCUCGCGUAAAAGUCUAUGAAUCGGAAGGCACAAAGAUUAAUCAGUUCAUUAUGGAAAAAACGAACGAUAACGCAAGAUAUUUUCUGGAACAAAACCCUAUCGAUUUCUGUCAGAGAUUAGAAAUUGCAAGAGAAAUGUCUAAAGACUUGACAACCAAGGUAAAAAAAUUAUGCCAACCGAAUACAAAGACCAGGAAAUAUUUCAGAAAGUUUAAACAUUAUUCUAACGAAAAAUGGAAAAGUUUCAAAGAUUAUUUGUCGACCAUGAAUGCAUCAGACAUUAUCUUCGGAAGAACGUCUUCGACUCCUAUUCCAAGAGUAAAGCAGAUUUUUGGGAGAAGAAGAUCCACGCUGAGAGAUCUACCAGAACAGUUAUUAGCGAGUUUUGGUUAUUCUCGGGAUUCUAACUCCGUAAAUGAGAGUAUAGUAUUAAUGCACGACCAUGCUUUAGGUAAAGAUGAGCCACAUAAGGUGCAGAAAAUGUCGAUCACUCCAGACCAGGAAACUGAAACAUUGAGGGUCGUUGCAUCCGCAAGAAGAGUCUCGGUAGGAGGUAGCAAUAAACGGUCUUCAUAAAUCACUAUGAGAAUACCUACCAACAUUCAAUUUGAGCAACGAGCAUUUCUCUGAUCAUAUCUAGAACAUUGACGUGAUCAUUUUUUAUAAACAAUAUCUAUAACUUCCCUGGUAAUCAACGCUUGACAAAAUCCACGUAACGCAUGCUUUUCUAUCUAUUUUUCCAAUUAUAUUAACAACAAUAUGAAUUUGCAUAAAGAACCCCAGUGAAAUAAUUAUAUAUACUGCGUAUA